ACAUAGCGAGGGUAGCUUUCUCCUCCUUCUAGAAAUUCUCUUUUCCUUUUCCUCCUCCCUGAAGUUCGCGUCCCUUUUCUUCCCUACGCCAUCAACAUCAAACACAUCAUGGCUAGCAUCACAUCGUCCGCCCUCAGGCAGGCAGGUCGCCUUAGCCGCUACACGCAGGUGCCGGGGGUUCCUUCACGAGGCAUUUCCGCAUUAUCAAAGGUGGCGGUUGCGCCAACCCACAGAUUAUCUCAGCAGCGCAGAUACGUAUCGGAAACGAAACGUGAUAAUGCGCAGGUCAACAUCGAAACGGCCAUCAAGCUUGACAAGAAAGACUUUAUUGAUGUGGUUCCUCAGUCUCCCGAUGCCUCAAAUGUCAUGGUCAGCCCCAUGGCAGAGGUCCUGAAGCAAGUUACCACGAUGGAGGAGGGCCAGCGGCCCAUCUAUCUCGACAUGCAAGCCACGACUCCCGUCGACCCCCGCGUCCUCGAUGCCAUGUUACCCUUCAUGACUGGCAUCUACGGAAACCCGCACUCGAGAACACACGCAUACGGGUGGGAGAGUGAGGAAGCGGUUGAGGAGGCCCGGGGGCACAUUGCGAAGCUGAUCGGUGCCGACCCUAAGGAAAUCAUUUUUACUAGCGGCGCCACCGAGAGUAACAAUAUGAGCAUCAAGGGAGUUGCAAGAUUCUUUGGCAGAUCUGGAAAGAAGAAGCACAUUGUUACUUCGCAAACGGAGCACAAGUGCGUCCUCGACAGCUGCAGACAUCUUCAAGAUGAAGGCUUCGAAGUCACAUAUCUCCCAGUCCAGAACUCUGGCUUGAUCGACAUGGAAGAGCUGGCUGCGACAAUUCGUCCGGACACUGCUAUUGUCAGCAUCAUGUCCGUGAAUAACGAAAUCGGCGUCAUCCAGCCAUUGGAGGCGAUUGGAAAGCUUUGCCGGGAGAGGAAGACCUUCUUCCACACCGAUGCUGCGCAAGCCGUCGGAAAGAUUCCUAUGGAUGUCAACAAGAUGAACAUUGACUUAAUGUCUAUUUCGUCACACAAGAUUUACGGCCCCAAGGGCAUUGGAGCUUGCUACGUUCGCCGCCGCCCCAGAGUCAGACUCGACCCUAUCAUCAGCGGAGGUGGACAGGAGAGAGGAUUGCGAAGCGGCACUCUCGCACCGCCACUGGUUGCUGGCUUUGGCGAAGCGUGCCGCAUCGCUUACGAAGAGAUGGAGUACGACUCGAAGCGUAUCAAGUUCUUGUCCGAUCGCCUCCUUAACGGCUUGUUGUCGCUGGAACACACCACCCAAAACGGCGACCCCGAGCAUUUUUACCCGGGAUGCGUCAAUGUUUCGUUUGCCUACGUUGAGGGCGAGUCUCUCCUGAUGGCCUUGAAGGACAUUGCGCUGUCUUCCGGCAGUGCUUGCACAUCCGCUUCUCUGGAGCCCAGCUACGUUCUCCGUGCCUUGGGUAACAGCGACGAGAGCGCACACAGCAGUAUCAGAUUCGGCAUCGGUCGCUUUACCACCGAGCAGGAGAUUGAUUACGUUCUCAAGGCAGUCAAGGAGAGAGUCGACUUCCUACGCGAGCUGAGCCCGCUCUGGGAGCUGGUGCAGGAAGGCGUUGACCUCAACACUAUCCAGUGGAGCCAGCACUAAGAGCAGUACCUUGUGCUCGACAUGAUGCGCACCCGCGCAUUAACACCUGCACUCUUAGCACUCGACGCUUGCGAGCCCACUGAGAAUCCUGCAGGAAAACACCCGAGUCUUUCCCACCCGGAGUAGUUUGUAUUAAAACCCAUAUUUGAGAUACCUUAACAGCCAGCCUUUCGUUUUUGCUCAGGGACAUUGGAGUUGGGAUCGGGGACCACGGAGAGUUGAAACACUGGUCGUAAAGACCAGGCGCCGGCAAGAGCCGGCACGGCGGCAAUCGGCUGUUU